UUUUUGUGGUGCUACAGGGCUUAUAGCAGUGAAGUAUAAAACAACAUUUCUUUCAAACUAUUCACAUGGGUGAGAGAUCGGUGGUGUUUUAUUAGUUGCACACGGGCAGCCAGUAUAAGUGGAACCACUGGGGCUCCUUCCGAAAGCUGCCCACUAACUGCAUAAUUAAACAGACAACCCGUAUUGGAGUUAAAAGUUGGUAUAUACAGUAGAUUCAGCUAAAAUGCUCUCUCAUUUAUUGCUACUACUUGUCCUUGUAAAAGAAUCUUCAGCAUGUGAUGAAAUCUGCGGAAAUGUUCCCUUAUCUGAGAAGAAGAAAAGAAUUAUGAACAUUCUGGCUUGUUGGGAUGAAAAUAAUUUUGAGGAUCAGUUUAGGCCUCCAAGUACCUCAGGCUAUACAUAUGGAAGCUGUAAGGAGAUCAAGCUGUAUAACCAGAAUGCCCAAGAUGGCAUUUAUACACUGAGCACUAAGAAUGGAAUGACCUAUCAAACAUUCUGUGACAUGAGCACGAAUGGAGGAGGUUGGACGUUGGUGGCCAGUAUUCAUGAGAACUACAUACAAGGCAAGUGCAAAUCCGGAGAUCGCUGGAGCAGUCAGUCAGGAAACAAUGCAAACAACCCUGCAGGGGAGGGUAAUUGGGCAAAUUAUGCCACAUUUGGACUGCCUGAAGGAGCAACUAGUGAUGACUACAAGAACCCUGGAUAUUAUGACAUCAAAGCCAAAAAUGUAGCUGUGUGGCAUGUGCCGAACAAUACACCUCUGGAACUUUGGAAGAACUCUUCUUAUUUAAGAUAUCGAACAGACAAUGACUUUCUAAAGGAUGAAGGAGGGAACCUAUUCAAUUUGUAUACAAAAUACCCAGUGAAAUACAAUGCUGGAAGCUGCCCAAAGGACAAUGGACCAGCCAUUCCUAUUAUUUAUGACCUUGGAGACCCUGAGCAGACAUCAAAGUUAUACUCACCAAACGGAAGAAAGGAACUAAUUCCUGGCUUUAUCCAGUUCCGUGCAAUGAACAAUGAAAAAGCUGCCCUGGCUUUGUGUUCUGGGGUAAAAAUGUCUGGCUGCAAUGCAGAAGUGAACUGCAUUGGAGGAGGAGGAUAUAUCCCCGAGGGGAACCCUAGACAGUGUGGAGACUUUGCAGCAAUGGACUGGGAUGGGUACGGGACGCAUGUUGGCUGGAGCUCCAGUAGACAACUGAUAGAGUCUGCUGUUUUGUUAUUUUACCAUUAAGAAUAAAAAGAUUCCUUAACUGUU